AAUAUAAAACCAGCAUAGGAGGAUUUCUAUCUGUUUGUAUGAUAGCUACCAUCAUCAGCUUCUUUUAUUCCAAUAUCAUUAACUUUUUUGCCAAAUUAAACGUAACAUCUACACAAGAAUUCAAAUUUGCAAACAAUCCCGAUAACUUGAUAUUGGAUAAGUCCCACUUUAUGUUUGCUGUUUAGAUUGAACAGGAUAAUUUCACAACAAAUCCUUUCUUUAAUAUCACUGUUGAAUAGCGUCAUUACCAUCGAUUUCCCAAUGGUACCCAAUAUAGAUACCCAAAUGUAUUAAUUGACUUAGUACCAUGUACAUUGGAGCACUUUUCACAUCUCUUCGAUUAGUACAAUGUCAAUUUUACAGAUCAGUUUGAGUAGUAAAAUUUAGGAAAUUUCCUGUGUCCAAAUCAAAACUUUAUACAUAGUCAGAAUAUGACCGUGGGAGGGGUUUGGGCAAGUACAGAUUAUUACUUCUUGAAGUUCUCUGUGACCAAUUGUGUAAAUUAAUCAAAUAGUAGUCUAACUUGGAACCCCACGUGUAAAUCCGCAGAUGAAAUUAAGAACACCUUAAAUUCUUAAGGUAGCUUUCGAUUUCAGGUUUUUACAACCAACUUUGUAUUUAUUGAUAAAUAUUAUAUAUUAGCUAAUCAAUCCAAAUAUACCAAACGAUUAUGUUUAACCAUUUUUAGCAACCGAUUAAUUUUACACAUUCGUACCAGAUAAAAUGUUUGUUUAAUCUGAUAUUUUUUUUCGAACAAAAAAGGUGACCACUGAUCAAGGAAUUCUCAUGUAUCCCGAUAAACAAAAUGAAACAUUCGCUUUCAGAGACUAUGGCGAUCAACGAGAACAAUUUGAAAUAUCUAGAAUCACUCCAAACUAUUAUGCUGCCUUCUACUUUUAGAGAAGUCCCUACUCAUAUCAAAUCAACAGAAAGUUCCUACGAUUGGACGAAUUGUUAAGUUAUUUAGGUGGUUUCACAUAGUUUAUGAUUGUAGUCAUUGGAAUUCUAGUGAGAUUUUACAAUCGAUAACACUUGAUUGUUUCAAUAGCUAACGACCUUUAUGAGUUUGACAUGAGUUUAAAUAGAGCAAAUACAUAAAUGAAUUUUAAUAGUCUCCUAGAAAAAAAAGAAAGAGUCAGGGAGAAUGGAAAGUAAAAGACUGAGAGAAAUCAAUAGACAUUGCCAAAAAUUUAAAUUAUGACUACUUUUUAAAAUAAACCUGAAAUGUUACAACGUACAACUCCGGCAAGAGAUGAUUCACAGCAAGUUGAAAAUAAAUCAUCAGUAGAAUUUGUAGAACCUAAAAUUCAAAAAUUAUAAGGAAGAUUAAGUAUUCUCUAAGCGAAGGCCUUUGAAUAUUUUGAUGAUUUUAGGGAAUUUUUAAAAAACAAAUAUGUAAUUGGUCUAGGAUUUCGAGUGAUAUUGAGUUCUAUAUUCCCGAUAGAAUCAAUUAAAAACGAUGAUUGCAAAGUACUUAAAAGAGCCAUGUAAAAUUAAAGAAUAUCUUAGUGAUUAAGUGAAUAAAGAGUUGGACAUUGAGUAUAUUAUUAAACAACUUCAUGAACUCACAAAACUAAAAAAGGUUUUAUUUAGCGAAGAAUAAAUUACUUUAUUUAAUUUCAGUAGAAAACCAAAAAUAGCGUUAAUUUAAGAAGGAAAGAAACGAAGAUCUACCAAGUAAAUUAGUUAAUUUAAUUUUAGGUUCAUUGUUAAUGGGUGUAUAACUACAGAAGAACAAGGAUUGCUUAGAUAAUUUAAUGACUUAGUUACUUCAUAUUAGAAAAUCAUGGGCUUGGACUUCGAAAAUUAAACUCAAGAAUAGAUAAGAUUUAAUUAAAGACUUAUUAUGUUGUUAGGAACAGAAUUGAUGAAUGUUUUGGAGAGGGAAAUUUCGUAAUAAUAGCAUUUGGAUUCAGAUAACAAUGAGAUUAUUAAAGUAGAAGAAAAUUUUAUCAAUGGUGGUGAAAUUGACAGCAAGAAUGAUUCAUGUAGAUGA